AUGCCGCCAGGGGGGCCCCCCCCUGCUGCUCCUCCUCCUGUUAUAGGGUACCCUUCUCCUUUCUUUCCUAUGGGGCCCUUCGUGGGGGCCCCCCCAAGGGGGCCCCCCCUCAUCCUUGCUGGGCCAGGUAGGCCUUCGCCGCUGCCUCUGCCUCCUGCAGCAGCAGCAGCAGGAGCAGCAGCACCACCACCAGCAGCGCCACCAACUGAACCUCUUAUUCUUUCUCCUCCUCGCAGCAACAAUACAGACCAUGCAGCAACUCCUACUGCAGCAGACGUCGCGAGGGGCCCUGAUGCUGUGCUGCCUCCAAGCAGCAGCAGCAGCAGCAGCAGCAGCAGCAGCCAUGCGGAGGGUGCUGCAGCAGCUGCUGCAGGGGAUCCAUCUGCUGCUGCUGCUGCUGCUGAUGGCGGUGCAGCAGCAGAUGAUGCCCCUCCACCAGACAGUAUAGAAGCAGCAGCAGCAGCUUAUGCUGCAGCGCAGCAGAAGAAGUUGCAGCAGCAGCAGCAAGGGGGUGCGGGACCUGCUGCAGCAGGUGCUUCUCCUGUUGCUGCUGCUGCAGCAGCAGGAGCACCCUGGGGGGGCCCCCCUGGCAGCAGCCAUUGGGGUUCAGGUCCUAUGGGUUUAUGCAUGGUGGGGGGCCCCCCUCAGUAUUUCCCUGUGGGUGGGGUACCGCAUGCAAUGGGGGCCCCCAUGGGGGCCCCCAUGGGGCCCCCCAUGGGGCCCCCGGGGGGCCCCCCUAUGAUGAUGCAGGGGGCCCCCAUGAUGCAGCCAGGAGGAGGGUUCUUCAUGGGGGGCCCCGGGCCCAUGGGGCCCCCCCACAGCAACGAGCAGCAGCAGCAGCAGCAGCAGCAGCAGCAGCAGCAGCAUGAAGGACAAGAUACAACACCUAAACACCCACCCCCUCCUCUUGGUGGUGUUACUAUAUUGCCUCCUGCUGGCAUGCAGCAGCAGCAGCAGCAGCAGCAGCAGCAGCAGCAGCAGCAGCUUCACCACCCCCACCAGCAACCACCUCCUCACCCACCGCAGCCCCCGCAUCCUCAUCCACAUGUGCUGCAGCAGCAGCAGCACCACCUGCAGCAGCAGCACCACCACCACCUGCAGCAGCAGCAGCAGCAGCAGCAACCACCACAACCACCCCAGCCCCCUCAUCCUCCCCCCCACCUGCAUCUGCAGCAGCUGUCACCGCAGCAGCAGCAGCAGCAGCACCAGCAGCAGCUGCUGCUGCAGCAGCAGCAAGGAGGUUUACGCAGUACCCUCGGCUCCCCCUCACACAUGGGGGGCCCCCAAAUACUGAGGCCCCCGAGGCCCCCCCCUCCUGCUGCUGCUAUGGAUGGGCACAGCAGCAUGCAGCAGCAGAUUGCAGUAGCAAGAGAAGCAGCAGCAGCAAUAGGCAGCAGCAGCAGCAGCAGCAGCAGCGGCUGGGGUGCAGCAGCAGCAGGCACAGUACCCCCACCACCCCCCCCUGUACCACCCCCAGCUCCUGGCAGCAGCAGCAGCAGCAGCAGCAGCAGCAGCUCGGGGGUUGGUGCUCGCAUGCAGCAGCAGGAAGCAGCAACAGGAGCAGCAGCAAGUGGACAGACGCAGACAGGGAAUGCAGCAGCAGGAAGACCCUCGAUGUCGCCUGCUGCUGCUGCUGCUGCUGCUGCUGCUGCUGCUCUUGCUGCUGCAGCAUUGGCUGCACGCAGAAAGGGAGAUGCAGCAGCAGAAGCAGCAAGACAGCAAGCAGCAGCAGCAGCAGCACAGGUUGAAGCAUCUGUGUUGGGCCAGCAGCAGCAGCAGCAGCAGCAGCAGCAGCAGCAGCAGCGGAGUCACCCACGGCUGCCUGCAAGUGUAAUAGCAGCAGCAGAAGCAGCAAAAGCAGCAGCAGCUAAAAUAUCUGCUGCUAUGGCCAGCAACCUGAAGCCUUGA